AUGGCUGCUGGACGGAGGCCGGCCGUCCUGCUGCUGCUGCUGCUCUGCUCGCCGCUCGCCGCCGCCAAGGAGGGGAAGUCCACCAAGAAGGGCAAGAAGGGCAAGCAGGUGGUCUGUCCAUCCCAGCUGUCAGCGGAGGACCUGGCCCAGGUUCCUGCCAACUCCACGUCCAACAUCCUGAACCGCCUGAUGGUCAGCUACGACCCCCGGAUCCGGCCCAACUUCCAGGGUGAGAAUCCCGUGGAGUCCAGAGUCAACAUCUUCAUCAACAGCUUCGGAUCCAUCCAGGAGACCACCAUGGACUACCGCGUGAACAUCUUCCUGCGUCAGAUCUGGAACGACCCCCGCCUGCGCCUCCCCACCGACUUCAAGAGCGACAAGCUGACCAUCGACCCCAAGAUGUUCCAGUGCCUGUGGAAGCCGGACCUGUUCUUCGCCAACGAGAAGAACGCCAACUUCCACGACGUGACGCAGGACAACAUCCUGCUCUUCAUCUUCAGGAACGGAGACGUGCUGAUCAGCAUGCGGCUGUCAGUGACGCUGUCUUGUCCUUUGGAUCUGACUCUCUUCCCAAUGGACACUCAGCUGUGUAAGAUGCAGCUGGAGAGCUUCGGCUACACCACCAGCGACCUGGUCUUCAUGUGGCAGUCCGACCCGGUCCAGAUGGACGAGAUCGCUCUGCCGCAGUUCGACAUCAAACAAGAAGACAUCAAGUAUGGAAACUGCACCAAGUACUACCAAGGCACCGGGUACUACACCUGCGUGGAGGUGAUCUUCACGCUGCGCCGCCAGGUGGGCUUCUACCUGAUGGGGGUCUACGCUCCCACCCUGCUCAUCGUGGUUCUGUCCUGGCUAUCGUUCUGGAUCAACCCCGACGCCUCGGCUGCCAGGGUGCCGCUGGGGAUUCUGUCCGUCCUGUCCCUGUCCAGCGAGAGCAUGUCUCUGGCCUCCGAGCUGCCCAAGGUGUCCUACGUGAAGGCCAUCGACAUCUGGCUCAUCGCCUGUCUGCUGUUCGGCUUCUCGUCCCUGGUGGAGUACGCCGUGGUGCAGGUGAUCCUGAACAGUCCCAGGCUGAUUGAAGAGGAAAAAGCCAAAAUGGCCACGAAAGAAAAGGCUUUGAAGGAGAAGGAAGGAAAGAAGACGGCCAACAAUAAAAACAACAACACCGUGAACGGGACAGGCGGAACGCCGCUGCACGUCAACACACUGCAGCAGGUGGUGGAGACUCGCUGUAAGAAGGUCUGCACCUCCAAGUCGGACCUCCGCUCCAACGACUUCAGCAUCGUGGGCUCUCUGCCGCGAGACUUCGAGCUCUCGAACUUCGACUGCUACGGCAAGCCGGUGGAGGUGACGGGGGUCCUCAAGUCACAGAGCAAGGCCAACAAGAAGCCGCCGCCGCCCAAGCCCGUCAUCCCCGCCGCCGCCAAGCGCAUCGACCUGUACGCCCGGGCGCUCUUCCCCUUCUCCUUCCUCUUCUUCAACGUGGUCUACUGGUCCGUCUACCUGUGACGUCCCCUGGGACCGAUCCGGACGGACG